UUGAGCGCUGCCAGUAACGCCGACCCCCCGGCCUGGUCAGCCUUCCCAUACCCGCUCUUCGCUUUCUUCCACCUCCACCAUGGAUUCAGCCUCUUCGCACCCGCACCAGAUCAAACAGCAGGACGAUCAGUCCCUUUCAGAUCUUAAGGGCGACGACAAACGCUCUUCAAAAACUCCAGCAAAGACUCUCAACCGCGUCCCACGUGCCUGCAAUGCCUGUCGCAAACAGAAGAUGCGCUGUGAAGGUGCUGAUAACCCUCCUUGCAGGAGAUGCCGCCACGCUGGCCUAGACUGUCUCUUCGAGAAACCUUCGAGGGAGGCAACAUUGACGGGCGAAGCGGGCCUUGAACGCAUACGAAGUCUGGAGGCCCACGUCGCCGAUAUCCGCCAAACCCAAACAUCCAUCCAGUCCACCUUAUUAGAAAUUGUUUCUCACCUCCGUGGCGGUUCAGUACAACACGCACGCUCUCCCUCUACGUUCUCACCUACACAGUUUCCUGGCCAGUCUCCCUCCAUACAAUCAACAGAAUCGCCGCUUACGUCGGCCGGCCCGAACGGAUCGAGCGGCUCGCAUGCUGGAGAUGGCUCCUUUCAUGGUCCCAACCAGCCCAACGUUCAGACUCCCACAUCAUUCCAGGGCACAUCGGGCAACAUUCAAUCUGUAACGAGUUCACGACCAGCACCACGCAAUGCCAUGACAUCAACCCAAUCUCAGGGGGUGAAUCCAGAAUUCCACCCGCCUCAGCUUCCACCUUCUUACGAUAACGCGUCUACCCCCACACAAACAUAUGGCUUCAACACACACGCAUCUGCACAAUCAUUACCGUCGUUUUCUUCUAUCCAAGGCGCUGGUGGCGCCGUGCAGCAAGCUCACACAUCUUCACGUUACAGCUCGAUGGAGACAUCUCACCAUCGUUCUGCACACCGGCACGCCCAUGCAGCCACAACGACCUCGGGCAACAAACGAGCGAUCCCUUCUUCUUCGAAUGUUACCAGUGCUGAUUCUUCGGAUGUCGAUGAUGAUGAUAAUGGGGAGCUGCCCGCAUCAGGACUUGUAGCCCCGUGGGAAGUUCUGAGAGGUCUCGCAGACGUUGCUAUUGAACGGGCUGCAAAGGAAAAUGGGGAGAUGAGUAGCGAGCCUCAGAGCAGAACCAGGACGCCAUCCCCCGAGAGACAAGGUCGGCCACCAAAGAGGCGCAAGAUUCGCCAUCGAGUACCUCGAGGCGCCGUCUUCCCUGAUGUCGUUACCAAAAACAUUAUACCUGAGUUUGAAGCUCGCGAACUCUUCCGCAUAUUCUACCAAGGCUGCUCGACGUUCUUGCCCGUUUUCGAUAGCAAUGUUGACACUUUUGAUGGCCUCCACGAACGGUCACCUUUUGCUGUGGAUGCUAUCUGCAUGGUGGCCUCCCGAGUGAGAGAUGGUGGAGGGCCGGCAAGCGAUGUGUAUCAACGGUGUCUGGAAGCGGUACAAGCCAUUUCGUGUGCUACAUUGUUCUCCCCAGUCUCGCGGAUUGAGGCUGUUCAGGCAAUGGUCCUCGUUUCGGGUUGGUCCGACAACGGUUGGCUGAGUGGCGGCCAUGCUGUGCGCAUGGCUAUGGAACUUUCUAUGCAUAAGGCUUGGCCUAAGCUGCUCAGGCGGAUGCAGAACAAAUCGAGAACUAGUGAUGGGUCAGAAGACCGAGACCUUGUUAUUGCCUCCCGUACAUGGUUCUGUUUGUACCUGUUCGAGCAUCAGUUAUCGUACGGUACAGGUCGUCCGGCUAUUCUGAAGGAUGAUGAGAGCAUAUGGCAAUGCCGCCUUCUGCUUCAACAUCCUCUUGCAAUUGAGGAUGAUAUGCGCCUGGUGUCCACUGUUGAGCUUAUGGCGAUCAGAGAAAGAACUACCAAUAACUUGGCCCCAUCGGACCGCCCAGUGGAUGAGGCAAUGCUCGAGGUGCUUCGCCAAGGUGAUACUGAGUUUUCGAACUGGUACAAGACUUGGGACCACGCGUUCUCUCAGAAAUACGAGGAUGCUGCAUUCUAUCGUCAAAGUCUACAGAUUCAACAACUACACGCUCAGCUGUUCCAUAACGCAUCUGCCUUGCGUGGGGUAAACGGCCCCGAUGAUGCUCAGAGAAUGCCAGCCAGUCAACGUGAUCUCGCUAUGCGAUCGAUACAAAUUGCUCGUCAGGGUCUGGAUAUCACUGUCAAUUCUCCUUCGUACCGUGAAGGAAUGAAAUAUGCUGUCCAUUACACACAUGUUACCGCGACUUUCAUGGCAUCUUUCAUGCUGAGAUUGGCACGCCUUUUCCCUGAUGACUGUAACAUGCACGAAGUGAUGGGUCAAGUCGAUCGCCUGACAGGCUUGAUGUCUCAGAUUCCUGGCAAACGCUAUGCUAUUACUCUCCAGCUUAUGAUGAAACGCGCGAAGAAACGUAGAGCUGCAUCGAACUCUCGUUCGCCCCACAUGUCCAGAGAAGCGUACCGCCAGUCCUCGAUGCAUGUUGAUCAAUCUGGCAUGAAUAACGUCAGGAGCGCGGAAGCAUUCUCCCCAACCUACAAUGCCUCGUUCACUUCAAGUCCUGAAACCAUGCGUCAAGCCCAGGCCGGGACGGUGCCCCCUCAUGGAACGGACGUCGACAGCAUUUGGCGCGGUUUCGAGAUGACUGCCAACGAACAACUCCCUGUUUGGAUCUCCGACCAGAGUUUAGGGGGUAGCUCCUUUCCCCAGCAAGGCAUGGACGCGUUUUUGUUACCCAACGAUUAUCUGCCUCACUCGACGCAGAUAUGGUGAUGUUCUAUUUAUGUUUGAUAUGCGGAACACUCUCUGGAUCUUCCUUUUCUUGUCUCUUCGCUUGCCUCCAUGGUGUAACCCUCUUGUCAUUUGUGUCUCCUUCUUGUAGCGGUUGCCUAUGUAUGCCGUACAAAAGCAUCCUAUAUAUUUUUAGGGAUCUGGUCAUGACUCCUAUACCCCUCGCACCUUCCGCGGAUAUACCUGUUAGCCUCCUCAUUGCCCAAUGAUAAAUUGAACACAUUCUUGAAGGUCAGGCCUCUUUGACUCUGAUUACAUUUCUGACCGCGCACACCUGCCACACCAUUCGCUCUUCAACACGACGUAGGGCGUCUGCCCGCUUGCGUCUCGAUUGCCAUGGUUAUCUCCACUCUUCCCCUUCUUCCGCUUCAGGUCUCAUCGUCAAGAACUCGUAGGGCGGUCACAUCCUUCAAGGGUCGUUACAUUCCGCAAUGCGAGAACAAUCCGUUUGCACCCAAGGACCCCACUAUGGAAGCUAUCUUCUCACUCGUUGACAAUAACCGACAUUCGUUACCUUCGGUGGGACCGUCUGAUUCGUUGACACUGCCCGGUGUAGGUGCAUAUCAGGGAGCCAAACUCUCUCUCAAAAAGGCCGAUCCUGUCAAGAAACCAUCUUUUACGAGCGUGAAGGCUUGUCAAGUAAUAUUCUUCCGCCAGCAAUUCGUUCUAAUAUUGACGAAAUGCCUCCUGGCAUUCGGCGCUCCCACCCACCGUAUCGAGUCCCAAUUAGCUUUUGCGUCCAAAGCUCUGGGUGCUAAAGCUAUUUUUGUGUAUAUCCCCGGUUUGGUGAUUGUUACUUUCAGUCAUUCCACCGCUGGCAAGACGCAGGUCAUCAGGUGUGGAGGUCGCAUUUCCCUGUCGGCCCUACACAAGGUCCACGUCAUCUUUCGCCAUGUCCUGAGGGGCUCCAUGACGGUCGAAGAUGGGUGUGCGCGACUCCGGGAUCUUCUGAAGCACCCGCCCAUGUACGGUCGAAAGCUCAGGUGCUUUUUCGCCUUUGUUUGCGCGUCCAUCAUCUGCGUCAUCGCUUUCGGCGGAUCUGUCCUCGACAUGGGCUUCAGCGGGUUGUUUGCUGCCGUUCUGACUUGCAUGGAUAUCCACACUGCUUCAAAGAAUGCUUUGUAUGGCAACGUCUUCGAGAUCUGUAUCUCUAUACUCGUAUCCUUUAUCUCGCGAGGGCUUGGAACGGCACCACACCACUUUUUCUGCUUCAGUGCCAUAUCCUCGGCCGGUAUUGUCGCAUUGCUCCCCGGGUUUACUAUCUUGAUCAGCGCACUGGAGCUCACUUCCACGAAUAUUUUCUGUGGAUCGGUAAGACUAGUGUAUGCCAUUAUAUACACACUCUUCCUCGGCUUCGGUCUGACCAUCGGCUCGGACCUUUAUGUGGUGAUUGACAAGCAUGCAAGGCGUAUGCUCGAUGCUGCUGGUACCCUACAAUACACGAUGGUCCAUGGUAUCUUUGAAUCUACGAACGCAUCCUUUCCCUUGCAUGGCCCUUUUAUAUUUGGUUUUGCGGAUCCCUCAGCGAAGCCCGACGACCUCUCACAACAAGGUGCGUGCACCUCACACUCCCCACCUAUUCGUCUGCUCAUCACCUGCUCAGGGUGCUUCCGGGACCCAAGCUGGCCUUGGUGGAGGCAGCCGAUCCCGUGGUGGACGCUCUUCUUCCUCGUCCCCGCGUACUCGAUCUGCUCGUCCCUGGCCAACUUCCAGCACUGGCGCAGCCGCCAAUUGCUGGUCAUGACCACCUUCUCGUGUCUCGCCUUUCUCGCGAACAACGUCGCGAACAACCUCCUGCCCGACCGCGGCGAUAUCGUCUCCGGUGCGGGCGCCUUCGCCAUCGGCCUCCUGGGCAAUUUCUACUCGCGCCUCGCUCGCGGAACUGCCUUCACGUCGAUGGUGACUGGUGUGCUACUCCUGGUCCCUUCUGGAGUGGCCCGUGGAGGCGGUCUUCUUUCCAGCCACCCCUCAAUGCAGCAGUACACUGCUGGCUUCGAUCUUGCUAUCCGGAUGAUGGAGGUUUCAAUUGGUAUUACUAUCGGUCUAUUCGCGAGCCAAAUGCUGGCUUAUUUUGUCUUUCGGGGUAAGGAUGUAACGUACUUUGCAUUCUAGGUAGUCUACGAAAUUUU